UACUAUUUUAGAAAAUACAGGGUCUAUUUUGUCAUUUAACAAAACACAGGGUCCAAUCUGUAACUUUUACAAAACACAGGGUCCAAAAUAGUAUUUACCCUAAAAUUUACUAUAAAGCUUAUAAUUUUGAAAAAAUUUUAAUAUAUAAUUAUCUAACCAACUAAAUUACUUAAUUGAUUUCAAGGAAAGAGAUAUAUUUAUUUCAAGUUUAUAUAAAUGGUAAAUAAAUUUAAUAAAAUACUUUACUCCAAUACAUUAUUUAUUUCAAUUUGAUGUUGACAUCUAUCCUUUUAGCCUCUAUAUCUUCCAACUCUGACUUUCGUUCUUGUUACACUCUGACUCUCCAGUCUACCCAAAAGCGUUACUCUUGAGCUCUCUAAGGAGCUUUACAGGGAAUUUGUCAAAUAGGUGCAAACUAUUUUCUUAAAAAAAAGAUGUUAUAAUUUUUCAAACAAUAUAUAAAAUCAAUAAGGUCAAUACUUGUGGAGUAGACUAGACUACUAUUUACAGGAACACAAUGUAUAAAUCAUUUUAUAAAUGGCCGUUUUAACUGUCUAGUUACCCCUGAUUUCUUACUUGUUUGUUUUACGGUGCUAGAUAUCAUUUUUCUUCUCUUCUCUUGCUACAUCAACUUCUCAAAUGAAUAAGCAAAAAGUUCACAGUGAAAUGAAUAAGCAGUUUAAUUUUAAGUGUGUGUAACAUAUUGCAGUUUUCUGCAAGUAAUUAAGGUUGUGGUUAAAAGAAGAAUCCAAGAUGGUUGAUGGCCCAGGUGGACUCGAUGCUAUUGCUAAAGAAGCUGUUGAUUUGGAGAAUAUUCCUAUAGAAGAGGUUUUCGAGCAUCUUAAAUGUACAAAAGAUGGUCUGAGCUCUGAUGAAGUUCAAAAGCGAUUGGAUAUGUUUGGUUAUAAUAAGCUUGAAGAAAAGAAGGAAAGUAAAAUACUGAAGUUUUUGGGCUUUAUGUGGAAUCCAUUGUCAUGGGUCAUGGAAGCUGCAGCAAUAAUGGCCAUUGCUCUUACACCUAUUGGGAAAGACAAUGACUUAGAUUACCCAGAUUUUGUUGGAAUCACAGCCUUGCUCAUUAUCAAUUCAACCAUUAGUUUUAUUGAGGAAAACAAUGCUGGUAAUGCUGCAGCCGCUCUAAUGGCUCGGUUAGCACCGAAAGGAAAGGUACUGCGUGAUGGGAAAUGGAGUGAGGAGGAUGCUUCAGUGUUGGUUCCUGGAGACAUAGUUAGUAUUAAACUUGGUGACAUCAUUCCUGCUGAUGCACGCCUUCUUGAAGGAGAUCCUUUAAAGAUUGAUCAGUCUGCUCUUACAGGAGAAUCACUUCCAGUAUCAAAAAAUCCAGGUGAUGGGGUUUACUCAGGUUCAACCUGCAAGCAAGGUGAAAUCGAAGCAGUUGUCAUUGCAACUGGAGUUCACACUUUCUUUGGAAAGGCAGCUCAUCUUGUGGAAAACACAACACAUGUUGGCCAUUUUCAGAAGGUCCUAACAUCAAUCGGAAACUUCUGCAUUUGUUCGAUUGCUAUUGGGAUGGCUAUUGAAAUAGUAGUGAUAUAUGGUCUGCAACAUAGAGGAUACCGUGAUGGUAUCAACAGCCUACUUGUGCUCCUAAUUGGUGGCAUUCCUAUUGCCAUGCCAACUGUUCUUUCUGUUACAAUGGCUAUUGGAUCUCAUCGUUUAUCACAGCAGGGUGCCAUCACAAAGAGAAUGACUGCCAUUGAAGAAAUGGCUGGAAUGGAUGUCCUAUGCAGUGACAAAACAGGCACAUUGACACUUAACAAGCUUACUGUAGACAAAAGCAUGAUUGAGAUAUUUGCCAAAGGUGUUGACAGGGAAAUGGUUGUACUUAUGGCAGCAAGAGCAUCAAGGCUAGAAAAUCAAGAUGCUAUUGACACUGCAAUUGUUGCAAUGUUGGCAGACCCUAAAGAGGCACGAGCUGGAAUUACAGAGGUUCACUUCCUUCCAUUCAAUCCAACUGAUAAAAGAACUGCACUUACGUAUAUUGAUGGUAGUGGGAAAAUGCACAGGGUCAGCAAAGGUGCACCAGAACAGAUUCUCAAUCUAGCACAUAAUAGAUCAGAAAUUGAAAAGAGGGUACAUGCAAUAAUUGAUAAAUUUGCAGAACGUGGAUUGCGAUCCCUUGGAAUAGCACGCCAGCAAGUACCUGAGGGAACCAAAGAAAGUCCUGGUGGUCCCUGGGAAUUUGUUGCUCUUCUCCCACUCUUUGACCCUCCUCGCCAUGACAGUGGUGAAACAAUCAGAAGAGCUCUUGAUCUUGGUGUGAGUGUUAAAAUGAUCACAGGAGACCAACUAGCUAUCGCUAAGGAAACUGGAAGGAGGCUUGGCAUGGGCACAAACAUGUAUCCUUCUUCUUCUCUCUUAAGUGAAAACAAGGAUGGACUUGCUACCCUUCCAAUAGAUGAGCUCAUUGAGAAUGCUGAUGGUUUCGCUGGUGUCUUUCCUGAACACAAAUAUGAGAUUGUAAGGAGAUUGCAAGACAGAAAACACAUCUGUGGAAUGACUGGUGAUGGAGUGAAUGAUGCACCUGCCUUAAAGAAAGCUGACAUAGGAAUUGCUGUGGAUGAUUCCACAGAUGCUGCUCGUAGUGCUUCUGAUAUAGUUCUAACUGAGCCAGGAUUGAGUGUCAUCAUAAGUGCUGUCUUAACAAGCCGUGCAAUUUUCCAAAGAAUGAAAAACUACACGAUAUAUGCUGUGUCAAUCACAAUACGUAUUGUGCUAGGAUUUAUGUUGCUGACAGUCUUCUGGAGAUUUGACUUCCCUCCUUUCAUGGUUCUUGUCAUUGCUAUUCUUAAUGAUGGUACUAUAAUGACCAUAUCAAAAGACAGAGUAAAGCCAUCUCCAGUUCCUGACAGUUGGAAGCUCAGUGAAAUUUUUGCAACUGGGGUUGUCCUUGGUGCUUAUCUGGCUCUUAUGACCGUUAUAUUCUUCUUGAUAACCUAUGAAACUAAUUACUUUCCGAAACAUUUUAAUGUGGUUAGUAUGUAUAAAAAAGACUUCAGCAAGUCAGACGAAGUACUUCAACAAAGAUUAGCAUCUGCUGUAUAUCUUCAAGUCAGUACCAUUAGCCAGGCCUUAAUAUUUGUGACUCGUUCAAGGGGUUGGUCAUACUUUGAAAGACCUGGCCUCUUACUUGUUUCGGCCUUCAUCAUUGCUCAACUGAUUGCUACAGUAAUAUCAGCUACUGCAACUUGGAAAUUUGCUGGCAUAAAAAGUAUUGGCUGGGGAUGGACCCUUAUAAUUUGGAUGUAUAAUAUUUUGACAUACUUGCUGCUUGAUCCACUCAAGUUUGGCGUUCGGUAUGCUCUUAGUGGCAGGGCCUGGAAUUUGGUAGUUGAACAACGGACUGCAUUUACAAACAAGAAGGACUUUGGAAAGGAAGCUCGCGAAGCAGCAUGGGCGACUGAGCAGAGAACAUUGCACGGUCUUCAGAUUGGAGAGACAAAACCAAUUUCUGAGAGGGCCACCACUUUUAGAGACAUAAAUCUCAUGGCGGAAGAAGCAAGAAGGCGAGCAGAGAUUGCCAGAUUACGGGAGAUUCAUACUCUAAAAGGAAAAGUUGAGUCAUUUGCCAAGCUGAGGGGUCUAGAUAUCGAAGCCAUUAACCAACACUAUACUCUUUGAAUAUUGAUGUUUUUCUUAAACAAUAUGUAUCAUGUUUGCUGAACUAUAAAAAUAUUUCAAGUUUGUUAUUCAUAAUCUUUUGUGUUAAUGUACACAAUGAGUUGCAUAAUUUCUUAUGCUUUUACUAAUUACAUAACGAAUAAAUUUCUAAAAUAUGUUCAUGAAA